UGGCCUUAUUUAUGUAGCGCUUACAUCAGACAUUAUAGAAGAGAUACGUCUUCCUUUCCAUAAUUACUUCUGCAUGUAUCUCCUCUACGACAAUCCAAGACUUUGCAGAGAGCUUGUCCUGAUAUAUGCCAAGGUAACAUUUUAUGAAACCAUGGCAAAUCUACGAAAAGAUUUAUUUGGCGACUGCACAGACAAAACGGUACUGCAAUCUAAAGAAAAUAUGACUAACAUGUUGUUUCAUCAACUAGUACAUGACGGUCCCCCAUCUUCCUGGGAUGAACCUUUUGAUUACGAUUCCUCGAUAAUCUUAAAGCAUCUCAUUUAUAUACCGUUUGGCUUCGCUGGGGAUGUAAAAAAACAAAGGUUAAGCAUGUCACAGCCAGUCAAUCCGUCACUGUCACCCAGUGUCUUGUUUGAAGAAGCAGCUAGCAGAGCGCGGUCUUUCUACACAGUGUUACAAAACUGGUACAGCUCGAGGGCAGAAAGUCUGGUGCGGCUAAUGAGGAGGCGCAUAGAAGAAAUAGUUCGGAUACGUGAGGAGUCAGCAGACAGGUCCAGAUGCGUGGUGCGGCUAGGGAGGAUGCGCACAGAAGCAGCAGCUCGGGCUGAUCACUCUUCCUCGGUAAAUGAGGAGUCAACAGACUUUUCCGAUGAGGAAAUGACACGAAUAAAAGAAUGCGUGUAUACAGCUGUUAAUAAGCUGAUUUCAAGGAUUGAGGAAAAACCUGGUGUCAAGGUCACUGAGGAUCAACUACAUACCUGCACCGAGCGACUGUUCUACAAAACAUGGACUCUCCUGGAGGGCGAACGUUUUGACUUUAAUGCAGAAACAUUCCAACACCUGGAGAAAAAUGUGUACAAGGACCUCUGCAAAAAAUUCAGCAAUGCAAACACACAGUUUGAGUUGUUACUGAAGGGAACAUCAGGUGAAGAUUAUGUGGCCUCCAAUAUCAAAAAGCACAUAAUUAACCCACCAAAGAAAGGCAACAAGGUCUGCAGGUUCUUUUCCGAUGUGCGCAAAUCCAUCUGCAAGGUCUCCCGAAAAUUGACAAAUCGCCAGAGACCGGCUCUGUGAAGAAGCUCCAGCAUCGAAACAACACAUUUUAUUACUACAGCAGGAAAAGAGAGUGUU